GCUCAUGGCUGGCGAAGUCACUGAAUGUAAAUCUAAGUUUUGACAAAUUUUAAUAACCGACAUUGUUCAAAACUGUGCUUACUUAAAGGUAACAUGGCAUUCUUUCCUAGAGGCCCUCCGAGGGGAAUGUUCUUUGGUGGAAAUGGCCAGGUACGGAGGCCUUUUCCCAUUGAUGGAAUGCACCGGCCAAUGAGGCCUUUUGCGGGAAGACCCGGCCCUUUUCGUUCGCACCGCCCGUUUCCACCCGGAAUAAUACCUCAUGGACCCCCUCCAUUCCAGAGAUUUGUUAGACCAGGGGGCCCACCGAGGGGUGCGUUUUAUCAAGAUCACAGACCCAAGCUAUUACAUCAACAUCCAAGACACAGCAACCCUUGCAGUCCAGGUGGCAAUAAUGCGAAUAGAAAACAGGAGAAAAGGAAGCAGAAUAAACCAAAAGUGGACAAGCGAGAUCUGGCAGAGAACAAUGCUUUUUACUGUGACAUUUGUGAUAAAGGCUUCAAAACUAAGGAAGGCUAUGACAUUCACAUAGGAGCGCAUCAGAAGUGUAAAGUUGAGGGAUGUCCAUACACUGCUGCUCCAAAACUGGUACAACUUCAUUAUAACUUGCAACACAAAACUGGGUUGGCCAAGAAAAUCUGGAAAUUUGAAAGUCCUGAAGAUGUAGCUAAAUGGAGGGCUGAGAGGAAAAAGAAUUUCCCAACAGCCGCAACUGUGGCUAAGAAAGAGGCUGACAAAGCCGAGAAAAUCGCCAGAGGAGAAGUGUUACAGGACAAGUUUUUUGGAAAAUUCGGAAAACACAACCGUGGUUUUGGACGAGGUCGGGGAAGGGGUUGUGGGAAUCAUCACUUUCAAGACACCCGCAACAUAAUGCCUUCCCACAAUGCUCAGAAAAGGCUCCAUGACAACAGCUCUGAAAACCAAACAACAAGUCCAAAGAAACAAAAAGUUUCUGUUCAUUCUAGUGGCAUGAAACAGUUGACGGAAGAUUCAACAGCCAGUGAAGUUCACACAGGAGACCCCCUGUCUCUUCUAUUACUGGACGGAACAGGUGGCUCUGAUGAGGAAGCAGACAAAACUGAACAGGUGACGAGAGCAGACAGACCCAUCAGCAGCACCCAGUCUAACCCCUUAGCUGCUGGUGGUCUGGGCAGUCUGAUGUGCUCAUACGGCAGCGAUGCAGAAAAUGACGAAGAAGACAGCACCUCAGGAAGGACGCCAGCAGCAGACAAAGAUAAAGCUCCUGGAAGUGACGAUGAUGUCGUAGAUGCUCAAGACAGAGCUGCAGGAAAUCAUAAACGUCAGAGGCGAAAGAGAGGCCGUAAAGGAAAGCAAAAUGAGACAGAUAACAGCCAGUGCUCGCAGAAGUCCACACUGCUCGAAAAGCUUUUAGCACCGGAAAUUCGCCAUGAAAGGAAUGUCAUACUGCAGUGUGUGCGUUACAUCGUUAAAAACAAUUUCUUCGAACUCGCCAAAAACAUUGAUAAAAAGGGGAGUUCUCAACAGGGGAAGCCACUCAGUGCCAUCACUGAUGCUGAUGAAGAAAUUUGGGAAGAUGGAUUGUGAGGAUGGAGUGUCCUCACCAAGUCAUACAAAUUAAAAGUCAACUUAACUGUU